UUUGAUGCAGCUCAGGACACAGCUGGUUUCUGGGCUUCAAGCACACGUUGCCAGCUCAUAGCUGGCUUGUAGCUGUGCACAGGGAAGGGGAAAGGACUGGGGUGGUGCAUGUCCCUGACCAAAGCACCCCCAGUUGAGAGGUGGCAGCUGGCGCCAGUCAGGGCAAUCAGGACACAUUUAAUAAUGAUGCACACUGGGAAAGAGAGCCAUAAGAAAGAAAGGUCUGGUGUGCUAGUUGCCAGCUGGGAACAGAAGACAUGGGCAUCUCAAAGGCAGUGUUAAAUGGCCCCAACUCCACCAAUCCUGCUGGAGUCAGAGUGGAAGGGAGGGCUGGGGCUAGUCCCUGCUGGGACAAGUAGCAGAAAGACCUGGGGUGCAUCUGGAAAGGGAAUGGGAGGCAGGGGUGCAGGUCAUCUGGAGAUGUGGAACAUGUCCAGAGCCACUGCCUGCACUUCCCAUGGCCAGAGCUGGGUGACCUGGUGGUGCAGAGAUUGAAUGGCAGGAAAUGAGACACUCUUUUGACCCUGAGUCCAGGUGUUUUCCUUUCUAAAGGCACAGGGAACACACUCACGAUGGAGGUGAUCUCAUUCCACAAACACCAGUCACCCCAGUGAGGUGGGACUGGCCUUGCAGAGUCCCCACACCAGCCUGGCAACCUCCUCCCAUGUGUCACUGAGUCAUUUCAAGGGCCACAGACAAACAAACACACGUGAAAAGCAGAUCAAACAGGGGUGUGUGUGUGUACUCUAGCCAUACUUCUCCCUACCAGAUUUGUCCACCUGCCAUCAGAAGAUCGAGACAUUUAGGUCACUUUUUCAGUUAUGAGUAAAUAGCCCAGGUUGCUCUCACCAGAGCACAUCCCUGAAGACAAACGGGGCUGGGGCUGGAGAGUCCCUGAGGGGAGCCCCAGGACAGGGGCUGCCCUGUGGGCUGGGUCCUGCCAGGCGCCCACCACAACACCCUGAGACUCAACCCACCUUUUAACAACAGACACCCCUUUGGGUGGGAUUAUCUGAAGAAAACUAAGGUCUGGACUGGCUGUGGCUGGGAGCCAGGGUGCCCAGCUGGGACAGCAUCUCCUGGGAGAGGUGCUGGGUGCUGCACAUGGGGCAGGCACAGGGGGAAACAGCCUUGUCCCUCCUGCAGUGCCACAGGGGAAGGAGAAGGGGCCAGUGCUCAGCCCUUUCAGCAGGACAAGGAGGAGCCUUUGCCAUGAUCUUUGCUAACAAGAAGCACUUCAGCACUGCCACUGUGGGGGCACUGGUCACAGUCUCCAUCAUUGCCCUUGUUCUCAGCCUGGUGAAGAUUGACGACGUCACCCUGCCACCCACAGUCAAGUAUGGGAUGGUGUUUGAUGCAGGCUCAUCCCACACCUCCCUGUUUGUCUACGAGUGGGACUCAGACAAGGAGAACAACACUGGUGUGGUCAGCCAGGCCUUCUCCUGUAACGCCCAAGGGCAAGGCAUAUCAAGCUAUGCCAACGAUCCCCCAAAAGCUGGUGACUCCCUAAGAGCGUGCCUGGAAAAAGCCCUGAAGGUCAUUCCUGCUGCGAAACAGAGGGAUGUCCCAGUUUAUCUUGGAGCAACGGCAGGCAUGAGGCUACUGAGGCAGAAGAACAGCUCAGCUGCAGACCAAGUCCUGGCUGAAGUUGCUAAAACCAUGCAGGAGUACCCUGUGGUGUUCAGAGGGGCUCAGAUCCUCACAGGAGAGGAGGAGGGGGCUUAUGGCUGGAUCACCAUCAACUACCUGCUGGACUCCUUCACCAAGUUCUCCCCCAGAGCACGUGCGUGGGUUCAUCCGGAGGCAGCCAACAUUUAUGGGGCGCUGGAUCUUGGAGGAGCAUCCACUCAAAUCAGCUUUAUGCCUGAAAGUUCCGUCAGAAACUGGAGUGAAGCCUCCAAGUUCACACUGUACGGGUAUAACUACAACAUCUACACCCACAGCUACCUCUGCUACGGGCAGAACGAGAUGCUGAAGCGCCUGGCAAAGGAAUUGAUUGUGGAGUCGGCCUCCAGCCCACGAGUCGACCACCCUUGCUACCCAAGAGACUACAACGAAACCCUCUCACUGUCUUCCUUCAGCUCCAGCCCCUGCACCAACCACAGUGACCCACGCCUGGGCCUCAGUGACAGGAAUGUGACCCUAGAGGGCAGGGGCAAUGCCACUGGCUGCCUGGCUGCCAUCAAGAAGCUGUUCAACUUCUCAGCAUGUGGCCAGAGCCAGGACUGCACCUUCGACGGCGUCUCCCAGCCCCCCAUCCACGGGCACUUCAUUGCCUUCUCUGCCUUUUACUACAACUUCAAGUUUCUCAACCUGACAGAGGGGCAGUCACUGGGCACUGUCAGGGAGACCAUCGAGCAGUUCUGCACAAGAAGCUGGGAAGACCUGUCUUCUAGCUACCCUGAAGAGCAUCCUGAGCGACUGCCCAAAUACUGCGCCAACGCCAACUACAUCCUCACACUCCUCCUCGAUGCCUACAAGUUCAACCAGACCAGCUGGAACAAGAUCUUCUUCCAGAUGAAGGACUGUCCUCAACAUGCAGAGUCACCACAAGAUGUUUCCAGAGGAGCUCCUGCAGAGACUUGUUGGUUCAGCCGACACACCACCGGAAUCCCAGCCAUGCCUCUCCACCUCCUGACACUGCUUUGCCUGUUAAAGGUCUGGUCUCCAUCCCACCAGCUGGCAUGUGGGGCCACGGAGAGCCACCCUGGCCAUGGAAGAGCUCCCCAAGUGCUGGGCUGCUGGUGCAUGGCUGCAGGCACUUGGUGCCAGGGUGCUUCGGGUGAUGCUGGCUCUGACCAUGAGUCACGCUGCCAGCGUGAGGGCAUGCGAGGCUCUGCAGCACCCCAGCUGGCUCUCCUGAGUUGCUUGUAUUAACUGAUGAUCUUGGAGGCAAAGGGAAAACUGAGCACCCAAAGUCAGAAGCAUGGUCCCAGAGGGUUCAUAUAAUCCUCUCCUCUCCUCUCCUCUCCUCUCCUCUCCUCUCCUCUCCUCUCCUCUCCUCUCCUCUCCUCUCCUCUCCUCUCCUCUCCUCUCCCAUCAUCUUCCUUUUCUCCUGGGAUAAAGGAAUCAGUGCUCCUGAGUGUCUUCCUGGAGACAACAUUGUCCCACCAGCAGAUGCCCAAACACCCAGUCCUGCCCUGUGCACGUGGCUGAGCUGGGCCCUGCCCAUGACUGUGCCCUUGCCUUUGGUUCUGCUCACUGCUCUGCCCCGUGGAUGAUUCACUGGGUUGCCUGCCUCCCGGCAGCACGGUGCUGACCUUUGGUGUCCCAGCAGGACGGCGGCGUCUGGCAGCUCAGCUCACCCAAAUAAAGGCUGUAAAAGGCA